GGCCCUGUUGUCUCCGUUAUAGUUUGUCUGGGGUUUGAGUGUUAUUAAACAUUAAGUGGUUUAUCAGUCCACAGUUUACACGUGUUGGUAGCAGUCCUUGGCCGUGUUUCUUAUAUAUAAGACUUCAUCUUCUUCAAUGAUUGACCAUCUGUUACGUUCUUCUGUUAUUGCUUAUCUGAUGGAAACAUUACUGGUCACAUCGAUCACGCAUACAUCUCGUCUAAGCCUGCAUAUCCUUUUUGUCUUGACCAAUAACAACCUACAUACACUGUGAUAUCAUUCACCAGCACCUCGCUCCAAGUCCAGCCUGAUCCUACUCUACAGAUCACGUCACCUUGCUUCUUCCAACAACACUCUCGCCUCCCGAUCACGCAGCCAGAUCUCUUCUACUCGAUCGUAUUCCAGCAGAAGCACCCUCCCGAGACAUACAUCUGUACCACGCAAUGUGUAUCGCCCACUACCUCCACUACCACCAUGUCCCCCCUUGUUACCGCCCAACAGGCCUGAACUACUACUACUCGUAUUGUGCAGCUGCUUACUACGACCCCGUCACUAGCCAGCCCCUCGCGCCGUGUGGCAGCGUCUCGACCAGUUCUCCCGGCGGAGACCUCAACGACCCAUGUACCAUGAGUCAGUGUCUGAUUGAUCCGGGCUGUCGCUCCGGGGCAUGUCGACUGGUUGAUCUUAACGGGCAGUGGAAGUGUUGCAUGUGCGGGAGGCGAGGGAACUUGAGCUACCAGUGCUUCAAUGCUCGAUCUGCAGAUUCCGACGCUGUGGACGUCUGCAGGUGCAAGUCAAGCAGCCACAUGUGCGAAUUCAUGAGGCUACACCUCGUGGCGUCUCCAUUCCGAUUUGAUCGUCAUGUUGCCAAUCUUGGUGAUUCACGAGAGAGGCAUCGACGAAUUUCUGCAGAAGAGAAGAUCAUGGGAUCAAGGAUGUACGCUACAUUCCGAGGUCGCCUUGUCAUGACUGAAGAGAUACUUUCUCCUCUUACGAUAUAUCACAAAAGCACGGUGAUGGUGGAAUCAUACUCGUCAGCUAUACUACAACCCAAGCCAAUUUGCCAUACUUCCGAGCUCCUAACUCCGCCCGCCUGGCACCGAUACUCAUGACUUCCUCGAGAUUUUACAGCCAUGUCCGCCCUCGGGUUCUAUCGCGGUUGGAGUUGCGCUGAUGGUAUCUCGAUGAAUGGUAAGGAGAGCCGGUUGAGAAUAGAUCGGAAAGCUGAAGAU